AUGAAAACGACUUGGCAAAUAUGGAGUUUGUGUUUUACUUUGUCAUUUAUUAUCGAAACGGAUUCUCAUAAUUUACCACAUUUUAAUAUUUAUCAAUUUACAACCGAUUACGCGAGUAAAUUUCCAUUUUAUUCUGGAUAUUUUUAUCCCGGAUUAUCAUCUCUUUACGAUGGCGACGACAGGAAUAACGAUCGAGAUUCUGUUAUAAUAAAUAAAGUUCCCGUUAUAAGUUACGGUACAAGUUAUUUUUACGACACCGGGAGUGGAGGGAGUGUUAAUCUUAAUUCUCAAUGUCCAGUCAUUAAAUCUAAUUGCGGUACGAAUUUGUACAGAUCGUUCGAUGGAAGCUGUAACAAUUUGCAAAAACCUCUUUUGGGAGCUGCCAAUACUCAGUACGGAAGAUUACUCCCACCAAAAUAUUCCGAUGGUGUCGGAUCCCCGCCGUUGUCGGUCACGGGGGAACCUCUUCCGAACCCGAGAAUUUUAAGUAUAUCGAUAUUUCCAAAUUUCGAAGUCGAAGAUCAUUUCUUGACUUUGGCAACCAUGCAAUGGGGUCAAUUGGUAACUCACGACAUGUCUUUCGCAUCGGGAAGUUCCCUUUCCGAGCAAAGAGCGGGAAGAUGUUGUGGAAAUGACGGAAGUUCUCAAGGUGCGGUAAAUUUUCAAAAUGGACCACAAGAAUGUUUUCCCGUUUUCGUACCGCAAGACGAUGUACUAGCACAACAUUUCGGAUCUCAAUGUGUAACAUUUGCAAGAACGAGAACCGAUAGACUAUUGGGAUGUCCAAUGCGAAGAAAAUCAGCCGAACAGGUAUCCAUCGUAAAUCAUUGGCUCGACGGUUCGAUUGUUUAUGGAAGCGACGAUGAAACAGCUCGAUCAUUAAGAACAUUUUCAAAAGGAAAAUUAAUAACGGAAUCAAGAGAAGGAAGAGAAUGGCCUCCUACUAAUGUUAAUAGAAGCAUGAUUUGCGAAGGUUUAUCACAAAAUGGUUUCGGAUCCUGUUACGCAUCAGGAUAUAAAAAUCUCGUUAAACGAGGUAUCAUUUAUAAUGAUAAUAAAUACGGUUAUGUUGAUGAUUACGACGAAAAUGUAGAUCCAAGCGUUUUAAACGAACACGCCACUGCUGCUUUUAGAUUGUUUCAUACAAACAUACAAGGAUUUAUAGAGUUGGUAUCGGAAAAUCGUUUUAAUCACGGUUCGAUUAGAUUAUCUGAUCAUUAUAACGAUCCAACAAUUAUUGAAGAAUCAAAUAAUUUUGAUGAUUUGGUGAGAGGUUUAGCUAGUCAACCUCAAAGAGCAACAGAUCAAUAUCUUACAAGCGAGGUAACGGAUUUCCUUUUUAGAAAUGGAGAAACGAUAGGUUUCGAUUUGAAAACGAUAGACAUACAAAGAGGAAGAGAUCACGGUUUACCAUCAUAUAAUGAUUUAAGAGCUUAUUGCGGAUUUAAAAGAGCCGAAAAUUUUAAUGAUUUUUUGGAUCAUAUCGAUCUCGAGAACGUGAAUCGAUUGAAAAAAUAUUACGCACAUCCGGAUGACGUAGAUUUGGUCGUGGGAGGAGCGAUUGAAAAACUCGUACCGGAAACAAUUUCGGGUCCGACGUAUUUAUGCAUUAUGUUAGAACAAUUUUACAGGACAAGAGUUUCCGAUAGAUUUUUUUACGAACGUGGAAAUAACGUCGGAUCAUUUACACCAGCUCAAUUGAUCGAAAUAAAAAAAUCGAGUCUCGCAAGAUUAUUGUGUGAUAAUUCUGAUAAGGUUUUAUCAAUGCAACCGAAAGCUUUUCAAGUGUUAACAGAAUAG